CCUCCCGCCACUGCCUGGCGCCCGCCCGGAGGCUGUUUUUCCACUGGCUGGUGCGAACCAUCCAUCUUACGGGUUCUGCCUCUUUCCUGGAGUUAAACUUUUCUGAAGACACCACAAGCCCCAGGCCCUGCUGGUCUCUCCGGAGCAGAAGCAAAGCAGGAGGGAGCCCGCCGAGGGGGCGGGCUGGCCCAUGCCCAGGAGCUCCAAUGUCCUCACCCCACUUGCCCAGCUCCGUGGAGGCCAAGGCCACCGGUGCCCGCAGCGGACCCCAGCAUUCCUGAGAGGAGAGCAAGGACCAGAAUGACUUACCCUCUUUUCACAGAUGAGGACACUGAGGUCCGGAGAAAGGGCAUGAAGUAUGUUGAGAGCCAGGAUCUCCUAAACCAGUCCAGAGCCUGAGGUCUCCAAAAUGAGAAGGUUCUUGUGAACUCCAGGGAUGCUGCACCAGGCUCACCACUGACUGGAGGCCCCUUCCUCCACCCCCCACCCCCCCACAUCACAGGGGCAAGUCCAAGUCCCUUAUCCACCAGGACACCUACUCUGGCUUUUAUACCCAUGGGCUAGACACCUUGAGGACACACCCUCCAAAUAGUCCUAGGUCCCCCAGCACAUUAGCAGUACCUGGAAUCCCAAAGGGAAAGGCAGUCAACAGCCCACAGUCCCCAAUGCCACAGGGCCAGUCCUAGUCCCCACAUCAAAGGAAGCUUGUGGUGAUGACGAGAACCUAAGUGUCUGAGGCAGAUAGAGCUGAGCUUGAGUCUCAGCUCUGCCAUUCAUAUGUGAGCCCGAUAAGCACUCACCCCAAGGAAGCCUCCACCUUCCCUACGUGCACUGGGAUAUCAGAGCUCAGAGCAGGAUCUUGACGAUGGGCAAUGAGGGAUGUAACGCGCCCGACAUAGUAAGAGCUCAGUGAACAGUGGCUAUUCUCAUUCCACCCAGGCCCUGGGGCUCCCCGAGUCUCCUUCCUUUCCCAGCCUGACUAUGCAAGAUCCCCUCGGUCCCUGUUUUUAGAGGCAAAUACUGAUCAGUCAUCUACAGUCCCACAGGAAGCACCAGGCCAGCCACUGCAGGGGAUCAAAUGGCAAGACUGUGCCCUGCCUUCAGGGGCCUGUAGCCUGUGCGUUUUCCUAGUCCCACCAGGAGCCACUGUCCCAGUCUCCUCCUGCCUCCACCCUUGCCAUCGGUCCCCCAGCUGACCCGUCACCAUGGCAGCCCUGAUCGCAGAGAACUUCCGCUUCCUAUCACUCUUCUUCAAGAGCAAGGAUGUGAUGAUUUUCAACGGGCUGGUGGCACUGGGCACGGUGGGCAGCCAGGAGCUGUUCAGUGUGGUGGCGUUCCACUGCCCUUGCUCACCAGCCCGGAACUACCUGUACGGGCUGACAGCCAUCGGUGUGCCCGCCCUGGUGCUCUUCCUCAUUGGCGUCAUCCUCAACAACCAUACCUGGAACCUGGUUGCCGAGUGCCAGUACCGGAGGACCAAGAACUGCUCGGCUGCCCCCAACUUCCUCCUUCUAAGCUCCAUUGUGGGCCGCGCAGCCGUGGCCCCCAUCACCUGGUCUGUCAUCUCUCUGCUGCGCGGUGAGGCCUACGUCUGUGCUCUCAGCGAAUUUGUGGACCCCUCUUCGCUCACAGCUGGGGAAGAGAGUUUUCCACUGGCCCAGGCCACAGAAAUCCUGGCCACGUUCCCGUGUCGGGAGGGCCCUGCCCGCCUGUCAGGUUUCCGGGAGGAGGUCAGCCGCAGGCUCAAGUACGAGUCCCAGCUCUUCGGGUGGCUGCUCAUCGGUGUGGUGGCCAUCCUGGUGUUCCUGACCAAGUGCCUCAAGCACUACUGCUCACCGCUCAGCUACCGCCAGGAGGCCUACUGGGCGCAGUACCGGGCCAACGAGGACCAGCUCUUCCAGCGCACGGCCGAGGUGCACUCGCGGGUGCUGGCUGCCAACAACGUGCGCCGCUUCUUCGGCUUCGUGGCACUCAACGAGGAUGACGAGCAGCUGGUUGCCAAGUUCCCAGUGGAAGGCACACAGCCACGGCCACAGUGGAACGCCAUCACCGGCGUCUAUUUGUACCGCGAGAACCAGGGCCUUCCACUCUACAGCCGCCUGCACAAGUGGGCCCAGGGUCUGGUGGGCAACGGCGCAGCCCAAGACAACACAGAGAUGGUCCUGCUCGCCUCCUAAGGGUCCUGUUCCCACACUCUUUGCCAAUGACACGACUCGGUCCCAAACAGAACCCCAUGGCCUGUUCACAUCAGCAUCAGAGGGGAAUUUUUUUUGGGGGGGGGCGGUGGGGCACUUGUGGGAUCUUAGUUCCCCAACCAGGGACUGAACCUGCACCCUCGGCAGUGAAAGCGCGGAGUCCCAACUACCUGACUGCUAGGGAAUUCCCCAGAGGGGAUUUUUUUUUUUUUUUUUUUUUAACCAUAGCUUUUGGGGGAAACAGGCCAGGAAAAAGUAACACAAAGUAAAACUGGGGAACAGAUGUGAGAGCUAGUAGACAACGUGGUCAGCUCCGGCAGGAAGGCUCUCAGACCUGAAGAAAUUCCUUCUCCUGUUGCCACCAGCCACAUGGUCAACAGCUUUGGAGAAAAGACCCUUUCCCAGAACUGGUCCUUAAUUAACUACGAUGUGGAUGACCUUUGAGUGGUAGGACCCAGUCCCACCGGUCUGUGAAGCCCUGGACAGCAGAGCCAGGUGACAAUGAAACUCACCAGCAGGCUCCUUGUGCGGAACACUGUGUGUAACUGUAUAUGGACACCUGGCCCGGUGCUGCUCACCUGGGAAGCAGCCCCCAAUGUACGCCUCUAGCUUUAUUUUCUAUAAAUUUUUGAUAUAAAGUUUUUCUUAGUAUAAAGGA